AUGUUUUUGUUAACAAGGGAUUUUAAAACAUCGAUUACACAAAAUCGAAUUGAUGUGUCCAUAGAAAUUAAAAUAUCGAUACAACCGAUGUUAACAUCGAUUUUUUUGCAGCUCUAAAAUAAAAACAUUGUUUAUUGUUUAAUGUGUAAAUAAUAGUGAUAAGGAGAAACACAGUUGUGCAGAUUGUGAAGCGGAUAGUAGAGCAGACGGCUAUAAGUCGUUUCCGCAUUGAGAAAGUGUAGCUCGUUGACCGUAAAUAGGGCAGCACGGAAGGCGAGAAAUCCGAAGAAGCAACAGCGCAGUCGGCAGAGACGCCCACGCAGCGGAAGUAAUAAAUACAAAAGAGAAAUCGGAAGAAGGGGAUAUAGCGGAGGAGGAGGAAAAAUAGGUGGGUGAGUAGGACUAGCUGGCUAGAAAGGUAAAACAGAAAAAAAAACGGCAAGAUAACCCUAUAACGCCUGCAGCCGUCAAAGUCAUGCCGCUGGCAGAUUCCCAAAAGGAUCUCCGCCAGCAGCCUCAGCAGCAGCAGCAGCAUGUGUCCUCCACCGGCAGCAACAACAAUGCGGAACAGCAAAGCAACAGCGGAUUGGGCCUGCAGCUGCGCCAGCGCAUCCAGAUCACCUCAUCCGGCUGCAGCAGCCUGGCAAUCACGCCUAUGGAGCACACACCCACCGAGGACGAAGAAAGUGGUGGCGGCAGCGGCGGGAUGACCUCCUCAGUGACCACAGUGACCUCAUCACAGCGUCGCCAUCAGCUGCAACAGCAAUGUGCCUUGCAGGCGGCUUUGGAACAGCAUCAUAUUUCACCCGCAGGAGAGCAGGAGUGCACCAGUGAAAGGCCAGGGCGUCAAACACUUUUCCCUCCGCCAGAGCUCAUGGAGCUGAGCGAUUCAGAGUCCCAGGGAGUUGGAGCUAGAAUUAAAGAUGGGAAAACACGGGGAGGAGCACCUGACUUAGAAGAUGCCGAACACCUAGACGAAACGGAAAACGAAUUCGAGCUUAAGGAGGUAAUUAAAGAGGGGCACGACAAGGCCGAUCCCUCGCAGUUCGAACUGCUGCGUGUGCUGGGUGAAGGAAGCUUUGGAAAGGUAUUCCUGGUGCGUAAAAUAAUAGGCAAAGAUGCUGGUACACUGUACGCCAUGAAGGUGCUUAAGAAGGCCACCCUUAAAGUCAAGGAUCGCGUUAGGAGCACAAAUGAACGCAAGAUCUUGGCGGAUGUAGGACAUGCCUUCAUCGUCCGACUUCACUAUGCCUUCCAAACCCCCGGGAAACUAUACUUGAUACUGGAUUUCCUUCGUGGUGGCGACCUGUUUACACGUCUAUCCAAAGAAGUAAUGUUUACCGAAGAAGAUGUCAAGUUCUAUCUUGCGGAACUGGCGCUCGCCAUGAAUCACCUACACACGCUAGGAAUUAUUUACAGGGAUUUGAAACCAGAGAACAUACUUCUUGAUGAGCAUGGUCAUAUAGCCUUGACGGAUUUUGGCCUGUCCAAGCAGCCUCUAGAUGGCUCCAAAACGUACAGCUUUUGUGGUACGGUCGAGUACAUGGCGCCGGAGAUUGUAAACCGAAAGGGGCACGAUUUUGCAGCUGAUUGGUGGAGUUUCGGGGUGCUAAUGUAUGAAAUGCUAACUGGAAACUUACCUUUUCAUGGCCAAACACGCCAGGAGACUAUGAAUCAGAUCCUUAGAAGUAAACUGGGCAUGCCAGAGAAUUUGUCACCGGAAGCACAAUCACUGUUGCGGGCUCUCUUCAAACGAAAUCCCCUAAAUCGACUGGGUGCGGGUACCCAAGGAAUAUUAGACAUCAAGGCGCACUGCUUCUUCGCCACCAUCGACUGGGUGAGAUUGGAAAGAAAACAGGUGCGACCGCCUUUUAUACCGGCAGUAAGUCGGGACGAUGCCUUCUACUUUGAUGUGGAGUACACCUCGAAGUCCCCCAGAGACUCUCCAGGUGGUCCAAUCUCCGCUUCUGCACAUGAGAUUUUCCGCGGCUUCAGCUUUGUGGCUCCUGUUCUUCUGGAAGGUCAAUGUACCAGCUCGAAUAGCUGCUCUGCCAGUGCCAGUCCGCUACAUAAUAUAGCUCCAAUUCCUGCUACUCCGGCGGUAGCGCCUUGCACUUUACCCGGUGUUCUACCUGGUAACUUCCAUGCUGAGUACAAUCUUCUGCAAGAACUAGGCCGAGGAACAUUUUCAGUUUGCCGGCUGUGCGAACAUCGCACCUCCAAGAAACAUUAUGCUGUGAAAGUAAUUGAAAAGGCAGCAGUGGCCGCAGCAUCCACAUCUGCCGAUUGUUGGGAAGAGGUCGAGAUUAUGCUAAGAUAUGGUAACCACCCCAAUAUCGUCACUCUGUAUUCUGUUUACGAGGAUGCGGGUUCCGCUUAUCUGGUAAUGGAGCUGCUGAAAGGCGGAGAGCUACUCGAUCGUAUACUAGCCGUAGGCCAGAUGUGUGAGAGCGAGGCUAGCGCAGUUUUAAAGACAAUUGCAUCCGCAGUAGCAUAUCUCCAUGAACACGGCGUGGUCCAUAGAGAUCUGAAGCCCUCGAAUAUGAUAUACGCCAGCAUGCGACAGACACCCGAGACCCUAAAGCUCUGCGAUUUGGGCUUUGCUAAACAGCUCCGAGCGGACAACGGACUCCUGAUGACACCCUGCUACACAGCAAACUUUGUAGCGCCUGAGGUGCUGAAGCGACAGGGCUAUGAUCUGGCCUGCGAUAUCUGGUCGCUUGGCGUCCUACUCUACAUCAUGCUGUCCGGCCGGACGCCCUUUGCCAGCACUCCGAAUGAUUCACCGGACGUGAUACUAAAACGCAUCGGGUCGGGACACAUUGACUUUACAAGCAGUCGCUGGGCACUAGUCAGUGUGCCUGCCAAGGAGCUGUUGCGGCAGAUGCUGCAUAUAGUGCCCGAGAAUAGGCCAACGGCUGCGCAAAUUCUUGAGCAUGCCUGGCUGCGAGAACAAUUCGCUAGCGGCGUACAGCUAACAGAGUAUGCAGUGGCGCCUGGAUCACAACUUUCUCUGGGCGCCCAACAGCAGCAGCAGAAUCACAUUUCUAUGGCGUUAAGAGGAGCUGUGGAUGCUACAUUUCGGGCCAUUGCCAUACCACAGGCGGCUAAUGUGGGUCCUGUAGAGCUUUCGAUGCUGGCCAAGAGACGGGCCAAAGAUCGAGCCAAUGUGCACUCAUAAUCCUGGUUCGCAGCGCGGUGUCCGCGGCGCCAGGCCAAAAGGCAGAUAAUCCGGCUAGUUUUUAGACUCUAUAGUAUUCUAUUCCAAUGCUGUUGUGCAAUACCGCGUCGUUUCGUCAAGGGCAAUGUUAGACUGGCCAAUCCUCGCCAACGUUGCCGCAGUGCCAAGCUGCGCGUAGUUUAAGCUGGUGAGCAAUUGAGCCAACUUUAGGUAUUUGACAAGUGUUAUUUAUUUUAAAUGAAAUCAUAAGAAGAUGUAAUAUGCCAAAAGGCAAUUGGCAUCUGUAUACCUUCAGCUACGUAUAUAUGUAUAUAUACCUGUAAUAUAAAUUUCUAUAUA